GGUACAACAGGUGCCUUGACCAGCACCUUGGACAGCUCCCCGCCUCCAUUCCGAUUGCUCCAGGUUGGCCAUGGAAGAAACAAAUCUCACAGGGAUCUCCGAGUUCCUGCUCCUAGGCCUCUCAGAGGACCCUGAACACCAGCAGCUGCUGUUUUUCCUCUUCUUGACCAUGUACCUGGUCACAGGGCUGGGCAACCUGCUCAUCAUGCUGGCCAUCGCCACCGACGCCCGGCUCCACACGCCCAUGUACUUCUUCCUGGCCAACUUGGCCUUUGUGGACAUCUGCUUCACCUCCACCACCAUCCCCAAGAUGCUGGCCAAUCACGUGUCAGGGCACAAAGGGAUCCCUUACGCGGGCUGCCUGACUCAGAUGUUCUUCUUCAUCUGGUUUGCAGGCAUCGACAGCUUCCUGCUGACGGCCAUGGCCUACGACCGCUACGCAGCCAUCUGUCACCCUCUGCACUAUACCACGUCCAUGACGCCGCAUCUCUGCAGCCUCCUGGUGGUGGCCUCCUGGGUGGCCGCCUUUGGCAAUGCCCUGACCCACACGGUGUUACUGACCCGCCUCUCUUUCUGCACCCACAACCAAGUCCCGCACUUCUUCUGUGAUCUCAGUCCUCUGCUGAAGCUGGCCUGCUCGGACGUCUUCCUCAACAAUGUGCUGGUGUACACUGUGGGCGCCCUGCCCAUCAUCACGCCAUUCCUGGGCAUCUUGGUCUCCUAUACCCGCAUCUUUGCUGCGGUACUGAAGAUCCCGUCCGCUGGAGGGAAGCGGAAGGCCUUCUCCACCUGCGGUUCUCAUCUCUCUGUGGUGUCCCUGUUCUACGGGACGCUCAUUGGGGUUUAUUUCAGCCCCACGUCCUCUCACACGGCCCAGAGAGACACAGCUGCUGCAGUGAUGUACACGGUGGUCACCCCCAUGCUGAACCCCUUCAUCUACAGCCUUCGAAACAGCGACAUGAAGGGCGCCCUGGGGGCUCUCGUUAGCAGGAAGCCGGCUUUCAUGCAGUGACCACAGGGUUCAGGGAUCCGAGUGUCCAAACACAGUAUCCACCUGUCCUGAAUGUCCUUGUAACACCCUCUCCUUAAAUAUUUUUUCCGGGGCUGGCACUGUGGCGUAGUGGGUAAAGCCGCCACCUGCAGUACCAGCAUCCCAUAUGGGCACUGGUUCAAGUCCUGGCUGCUCCAUUUCCCAUCCAGUUCUUUGCUAUGGCCUUGGAAAGCAGUAAAAGAUGGCCCAAGUCCUUGGGCAUCUGCACCCGCAUGGAAGACCCAGAAGAAGCUCCUGGCUCCUGGCUUCGGAUUGGUACAGCUCUGGCUGUUGUGGCCAACUGGGGAGUGAACCAGCGGAUGGAAGAUCUCUCUCUCUCUCUCUCUCUCUCU